AAGACAUGGGUAAAUCACAGGUUUGUUCAACUGAGGAUGCUGUUCAUGCACUGCUUGAUUACUUGGUUGAACCUCUGCUACCACCAGCUGAAUCUACAAAGCAAAGGACUCCAUCAGAAUCUCAACAGCUGUUAGUUGCAAAACAGAUGCGUGCUGUUGUGUUGCUAUACAAUUACUACCACCGAAAAAGGCAUCUACAGCUUGAGCAUUUAGGUUUUGAGCAGUUUUGCAAAUUGGCUGUAGUUUUGAAGCCAAAUUUGAUGGCACAUAUGAAUCUCAUGAAAAGUUACAACGAUACUGAAUUAAGUACCCUGAAUAAGCAGCUUUCACCAGUGGAGAAAGAAAUCAUGGAAGCGUGUGACAUAUCUAUGUGUCUAGAUGCAUUGACAGAUGUUCCAAUGAUGAAAGAAUGGCCAAUUUCAAAAGUUUCUGUUCUUUUAGUUGAUUCAAGGAAGGAGAAUUGCUUCAUGAAGUUUGGUAGCAUUACUAAGGGUGUAUGGUCAAUAAUUGAAAAAGAUGUGAAUUUGUCUAGUCACUCUCCAGAAGGUAACUUGGAGGCAACGCAUACAAACAAAAGAAAAAGAGUUACUAAGAGACCUUUGACAGAUCAAGUGGGUGAUGAUAAAAUUGGCUUCCAAAAAGUUGCGUUCUUAGCAGUUAAGGAAACAACAGGCAUUAGUCAGAGUGAUCUUACCAUCAUGGAGAGCCACAUUGUAUAUUCUAUGAGUAAAGAGAAGACGGCAACUUGCUUUUAUAUAAUGCAGUGCACCCAACCGAGCUUCAAUCAUGUUAUUGAAAUGCCAAUCCUUGAUGCUAUUGAUAGACUGCAGGGUCCUUUGAUCAGAAAGAGUUCUAACCAAUGGAUUACUACUUCAGUUGUUGAAUAUUUCCAUGUGCUACCUUAUGCGCAGGUGAUCAGAGAAUGUUUCUUAAGGAAAGCAUUUGCUGACAAUCUACAAGAUCAGAGUUCAGGAGAAAGAGAAAGAGAACUGGAUUUAAACAGCUCUGAAAGGGGUGAAAGACAGUGUGAUUUAGAAUCUCAUACUGAUGGUGAUGGAUAUAGAUGCCAGAUAAACAGUGGUAUAGUGGAAGCUGCAGAAACUGGUGCUAGUAUUGAAUCAACAACACAGAAUGUUAACCACAGGCAUUGUACCAAUGGUUUUUCAGAUGUUAUUAGCAGUCCCCACAAUAUGGAUGUUGAUGACUCUGCUGGAGUUCAUUGGGAAUGCAAAGCUACAAUUGAAGAUAUUAACCGUAGGGUUGAACUUAAUCCUCAACAAAUUGUGAACCCUUGCAAAGAGAGUGAUUUAAGUGUCACAAAUGAGGGUGCAAAGGUUGGUUUAUUAUCUUUGUCUUUGUCGCCAUAGUUCUUUAACUCUUUUACUUCAUUGUUUGGCUUAGUCUUGCACAAGAUAGUUCAAUUUUAUGAGAUCCCCUCUUAGGGAAACAGAGUCAAGGCCUAAGAAGCGCGAUGACAUCAAUUUUAGCUCCCAUGUAAAAAUGUAGUUAAAAAAUUUAAAUCAAUAUAUACAUAAUAUAUGGUUAUAAUUUUAGAGUUCCUUUUUUAAAUUUUUUUUGAGGUGACCGGAAUCUGGAAAUUAGGCACGGAUCCGGCCGGAGUCAAACUACUUGGCCGAAUUUUAGGAAAUAUACACAUAAUAUAUGGUUAUUUUCUUA